AUGUUGGACUUUUACUGGGUUGUGUUAAUUUUAGGAGAUAACAGUUUUGAACAUUUGUAUCCGUUUAGAGUAUAGUCCGAUGGUCUAAAUUAGUAUGGUUGUUUAUUGUGAACUGAUAAUGUAUACGACAUGUGAUUAGGUAUUUCUUACUACUUUUAUAUGCUGUAUUGGAUGAAUAAAAGAGCUAAUUUUAAACCAAAUGAUAUGGUAGCUUACAGGUUAAAUGGCAGCCACUACUACAAGCUCGAUUUCAGUCUCUUCUUCCUCAUCAUUGUACUCAAGUUCUCGAAGUUGCCUGUCCACUUUGGUUCAGUCCCGACAUUGUUCUUUUUUAAGGAACAAUUUGACUUUGAAUAAAUCUUGUGAAGGACGUCGUAGUUUUCAAGUUGUGGCUGUGUCAAUGGCCCCUCAAACUCAGGAGAGAGCCUCUUUUUUAGACCGGAAAGAGAGUGGAUUUCUUCAUUUUGUCAAGUACCAUGGACUCGGCAAUGACUUUAUAUUGGUUGAUAGUAGAGACUCAACUAAGCCCAAGGUAACCCCUGAACAAGCAGUGAAGCUAUGUGAUCGGAAUUUUGGAGUGGGUGCUGAUGGUGUGAUCUUUGCAAUGCCUGGAACUAAUGGCACUGAUUAUACUAUGAGGAUUUUCAAUUCUGAUGGAAGUGAGCCUGAGAUGUGCGGUAAUGGAGUGAGAUGCUUUGCUAGGUUCAUUGCCGAGCUCGAGAACUUACAAGGAAAACACAGUUUCACCGUCCAUACUGGUGCUGGUUUGAUUGUACCUGAGAUUCAAGAUGAUGGAAAGGUUAAAGUCGAUAUGGGUGAACCAGUGCUUAGAGCAGCUGAUGUACCUACAAAACUGCCUGCAAACAAGGAAUCUUCUGUUGUUAAAUCAGAUCUAGUGGUUGAUGGAGAAACCUGGAGCGUCACCUGUGUCAGCAUGGGGAAUCCACACUGUACUUUUGGUAGAAAAGGAGAGCAGAAUCUGGUGGUUGAUCAAAUACAAUUGGCUGACAUUGGACCGAAAUUUGAGCACCAUGAUGUGUUUCCAGCUCGAACUAACACUGAGUUAAUUCAAGUUUUUUCUCGGUCACACCUGAAGAUGCGUGUAUGGGAACGUGGUGCAGGCGCUACUUUAGCCUGUGGAACAGGAGCUUGUGCAGUUGUCGUUGCUGCAGUGCUUGAGGGUCGAUCUGAGAGGAAUUGCACUGUUGACCUUCCUGGAGGGCCAUUGGAGAUUGAAUGGAGGGAGGAAGAUAACCGUAUAUACAUGACAGGCCCAGCUGAAGUAGUGUUCUAUGGAUCAGUACCACUAUAGUUUCCUUUGAAGCAUCCUUCAGCUUUUACUGUGCCAAUUUUCUGCUCUUCUAUCAAGUUUUUGAAAGGCGGGAUUGAUUGUUAUUCGAUUAUUUUGGUAUGAACUAACCGUAGUUGAUGCAAGUGCAUCAGCUCGUAGACUCAUUUUUGUAUCACUUUGUAGCAAACGUGGUUUUUCAUCUUAGGAAAAGUUGAUUCAAGGCAUCGGGAUUGUUACUUGCUAGGUUAAAUUAUUUGUAAAUUAUAAUCCUCUUUGGUGUUGGAAUUAUUUGUAUGAACUGGAGAUUGUAAACAGUAAUGAAUUCAUAAAAACCAAACCUCUGUUCUUCCUCUUGGACCA